GGCACAUGGAAUGAUACAGUAACUCCUUCUAAUUCAACAUGGCGAAAGCUUAUGUCGCUCAUGUUUUACAUACGAUACACUUAACUAGUGAAAAAUGUCCCAUUUUCACAGAAGACGAAGUGAACGUUGUUUUAUUCAUUCUUGUUAGCUAGCUAGACUUUUUCUGUUGAAUAUAGCUACCUAAUGUAAAGGUAACGCGGCUGUCAGAAUACCAGUAAAUGCGACAUAAACGCAUAUCCAACCACAGCGUAAUGUUAGAGAAGGCGGAAUAUACUAGUGCUUAAAUCAAAAAGGAACUGAGUUUGCAUUGCAAAACAAGUGCUUCUGCAUUUUUUUUCUCGCAAAGCCAAUGAGAAGGAAUUGCAGUGAGAUGGAACUACCACCAAAACACCGCCGCGAACGCAUCUGGACCAUCCUCGUGUAACCGAGCUAGAGACGGGGGUGAGCGCGAUGGCAGCAUCGAGUAACUCCAGUUUGUCGGGUUCUUCUGUCUCCUCUGAUCCGGAGGAUUACCAGCCACCAAUAUGGAAGUGUUACUUGUACCAGCUGCAGCAGGAAGCACCUCGGCCCAAGAGGAUCACUUGUCCUCAGGAGAUGGAGAACAGACCAAAGUACUACGGCAGAGAGUUCCAUGCCAUGAUUUCCCGGGAGCGUGCAGAUGAGUUAUUGGGAGGGGCUGAAGGGGGUUACCUCAUUCGAGAGAGCCAGAGGCAGCCAGGCACCUACACGCUGGCUUUGAGGUUUGCAAAUCAAACCCUCAACUACAGACUCUUCUACGAUGGCAAGCAUUUUGUCGGGGAGAAGAGGUUCGAGUCGAUCCACGACCUGGUUACGGAUGCCCUGAUCACGCUAUACAUUGAGACCAAGGCUGCAGAAUAUAUCUCCAAGAUGACCACCAACCCCAUCUAUGAGCACGUGGGCUACACGUCCCUGCUGAGGGACAAGGUGACGCACAGACUGGGCCGAGGACGACCCGAAUCCAGGAGGGUCACGUUCCAGCGGGACGACAAGAUCUCCUCUCCGCUGGUGAAACGGACCGCCCUGAAGGACGGGGAGAAACAGUGCACCUAUGAGAAGGCGCACAACUUCAAGGUGCACACCUUUCGAGGGCCACACUGGUGUGAAUACUGUGCCAACUUCAUGUGGGGGCUGAUUGCCCAGGGCGUCCGCUGCUCAGAUUGCGGGCUUAAUGUACACAAGCAGUGCUCCAAGCUGGUGCCCAGCGACUGCCAACCAGACCUGCGCAGGAUAAAGAAGGUCUUCAGCUGUGACCUCACAACGCUGGUCAAGGCCCACAACACACAGCGCCCCAUGGUGGUGGACAUGUGCAUCCGGGAGAUAGAGCAGAGAGGGCUGAAGUCAGAGGGCCUCUACAGGGUGUCUGGGUUCACAGAGGACAUUGAGGACGUAAAGCUGGCCUUUGAUCGAGAUGGAGACAAGGCAGACAUCAGUGCCAGUGUGUAUGCAGACAUAAACACUAUUGCCGGAGCCCUGAAACUCUACCUGCGUGACCUGCCCAUCCCCGUCAUCACGUAUGACGUGUACUCAAAGUUCAUACAAGCCGCAAAAAUGACAAAUCCAGAAGCCAGACUGGAGGCAAUCCAUGAGGGUUUACUGCUGCUCCCGCCAGCCCACUAUGAGACUCUGCGCUACCUGAUGACGCACUUGAAGAGGGUAACUUUGUUUGAAAAGGAUAACUUUAUGAAUGCUGAAAACCUGGGCAUUGUGUUUGGACCAACGUUAAUGCAACCGCCUGACCAGAACACUCUGGCAACCCUGAAUGACAUGCGCUAUCAGAAACUGAUUGUUCAGCUCUUGAUUGAGCACGAAGACAUCUUGUUUUAAAGGAUAGUCCCGGAGAACCCCGAAAGUCCCUGAAUUAAAGCCUUUAGAUGUAUUUCCUUGAUGAGGACAUGUUAGUGGCUCUGAAGAUUGAAUCCCUGGAUGGAGGAUACAGAGGUCACAGUGAAAUUGUACCCCCAGAAUGAGGACCUGUUAUGCUGCUGCAGUUUUGCAGACCAUGGUGCUUCUGUCUUAUAGACAUGACUGUGACAGCAAGAAAUAUCAGAUGCCAGUCCAUCUCCUCUUAAAGAAAUCGUCGUGGGUGACCUCUCUUGAGACUGUAAAAGUCAGUGGUGACUCGCUCUCCUUCAUCUAUAGACUUAACAUCAUUGCAAGAAACCAACCAUGAUGCACUACCACAUUCCACAUGGCACGUGUGACCGACUUGACCAGCAAUUCAAGCACAUGUGUGCACUUUUAUGGAAAACCUUCACGAGAGGAUGCAGGUAAAAGCUGGAAAAUAGUGAUUGCAUUUUUAGCACAAUCACAUGCUGUGCAGUAACUAAGGAUGAUGGUUGAAACUCUGGAGAUGCAAAGCACUUUUUCUUCUUUGGACUGAAAUCAAUUGGCUUGUAAAAAAAGAAACACAUUCAGGUCAUCAUUUUUCUGUGUAAAGUGUGUACAUUUUUACAAUGUAAAUAGUUGAUUGUCUGUUAGGGACAUCAAAU